GGAAGCUCUGAUUGGUCAAAAGCUGGACACCAGGAAGUGGAAACACCAGGCAGCACGAGUUUGUAGCACAUCGCAGCCCUUCUAAGGACAAAUUGUCCCCUCCCUGUUAGAGUUUCUUUGGGCAUAUCCUCCCCGUAUUCACCGGUGUGUUCCUUCUCAUCAUGAGGUCACCUCUGUGCCCCCGAGAGUCUGGCCAGUUUAUAGCAGAGCGGAGUCGGGAUGUGUUUGUGGACGAGGAGGGAGUGCAGAAGGUGGCAGAGAUGCUCUACAACCUUCGACACAGCGACCAUCUGACCGCCAGUGGCUGGAAAAAGGCAAAUCCCUUGGCUCCAGCACCCACCUGUGACCAGGCCUUGAACUGGGUAUUUGUGGUCGACACCAUGAACUUCUCCUUUUGGCCAGACAAAGAAGCUGAGCAGUGUGAAGUGACCUAUAAAGGGACCACGUACACAGGCUACAUGACCCUGUGUGCUGCCAUCAGCAGAGCCAUGGAGGAAGGUGUACCCAUCACUGAUCCGAAAUACUUCUCUCAGAUGAGCAUGGAAGAGCUGGCGCAUGUCCUUCGAUCAGACAACGACACACCCAUGCCGAUGCUUCGGGAGCGCCACCAGGUGUUGAAUGAAGCCGGCCGCGUGCUGCUGGAACACGGCGGAAGCUUCCGGAGUUUUAUCAGCCGGGCCGGGAACGACGCCUGUAAGAUGGUGGAACUCAUCGUGGAGAAGAUCCCUUCCUACAGAGACGAAGCUACGUACGAGGGGAACAGAGUUUCCCUCUACAAACGAGCUCAGAUCCUGGUGGCAGAUUUCUGGGGCAUCAUGGAGGCCAGAGGAGAGGGACACAUCCUCAACAUGGACUGGCUCACCAUGUUCGCAGACUACAGGGUCCCUCAGGCUCUCGUCUACCUCGGUGCGCUACGAUACUCUGAUGCGCUGAUGCAGACGCUGAAGAACGGCGAGCUGCUCAGUUCAGGGGACAGGAGGGAGGUCGAGAUCCGAGGUUGCUCGAUUUGGUCCGUGGAGCUGAUCAAAGAGCGCCUUUGCAAGCUGGUGCAAGAGCGAGACGGACAGACCUGCAGCAUCAACUGCGCAGUCAUCGACUUCUACCUGUGGCCUUAUGCCAAGCAGCACCACAAAGAGAUGGCCCACAUUCCCAUACAUCACACACGCUGUGUUUACUACUGACGAGCUGGCUGGCAGCAUCACAUAGGCUGAGCAUGUCUGCGUGCAGCCUUGGCAACAGUACCUUUCCAUGCGAUAAAGCCAGACAGUCUCCGUGCCAGAUUUAUGUGCAAAUAGCCUUCUCACUCACUGUAAUUGAAACAGGUGUGAAGUGUUAAUGUAUCUUGUUGGUCUGACUUGUUGGUAGCAGCACUGGUGGCCGUUCACAGGCAGAUCAGAUAUGUUCAUGUGGUGUUCUGUAUUUUCUAACACUUUUUAUGAUCAUUUACUGUAAUUGAACAUACAAUGAUGGAUUUUCUGCAGUGAUUUGAUCUUGGAAACUGACUGAUUAAACUGAAAAUAACACAUUA